GAUGUUUGGAUGAUGUCCGACUAGAAGGUAAACACCUGCCGCUGCCACCAGCCAUGAAUGGUACUCAAUGGGGUCAGGCAACUAUGGCCAGGAACCUGGACCGUGGAUGUUCGUCCAAUAAACCCUGUGCCAAUGUUAUCUGUCCAGAGCCUUUCGAAUGUGUUGAUUUGUGGAACGACUACGAAUGCACCUGUGGAGAGGGUCGAAUUAUGUCGGCUGAUUCUAAAGACUGCACCGACAAGGACGAAUGUAUCGAUCUUCCGUGUCUAAAUGGAGGAACGUGUAUCAACUUGGAGCCAAAUUUGAGGUACAGAUGUAACUGUCCAGAUGGUUUCUGGGGCGAAAACUGCGAACUAAUUCAAGAAGGACAGACGCUAAAAUUGUCGAUGGGUGCCCUAGCCGCCAUUCUGGUGUGCCUGUUGAUUAUCUUAAGUGAGCAAACGAAUUCAUGUUUACUUUGAAUAGCAGUUGGUAAUUUAGGAGGACUCUCGA